AUGGAUAAUCCGAACAACAACAACAUUCCUGCUCCAUUUCCUAAUGACCCCAGUACCGGAAGCUCGCCUCCCGCAUAUAAUCAACAUCUUCCCCUCAUCACCAGACCUCGAGCACGAUCAUUAGCUCGACCUGGUUCAGAAAUACAACACCAUUCAGCUAUUCCAGUUCGAGCUCAAGAUCGUCCUCGACCAAUUCCCAUCUCUUCCGUACGUUCUUUGUUUUUUUUUUCAUUUAACAGUAAUUCUAGUGAAUUAUCGAAAGCGAAUUCUUCAUCAGUGAUUUUCACUGAAUCUGCCAUACAACUAUACAGUCCAUGUUAG